AUGUGGGCCCCUGACUUGGGGCCCCUAAACGAGGGGGCCCCCUGGGCAGGGUACUCUGGGGGCCCCCCGGAGGGGGCCCCCCUAGAGGGGGGCCCCCCUGAGGGGGCCCCCCUUGAAGGGGGCCCCCCAGAGGAGAGCCCAGCUGAAGGGGCCCCUCCAGAGGGGGCCCCCCUUGAAGGGGGCCCCUCAGAGGGGGGGCCCCCCUCAGGGGGGCCCCCCUCUAGGGGCCCUUCAGCUGAGCUGGGGGCCCCUCCAGAGGGGCCCCCCUCUAGGGGCCCUUCAGCUGAGCUGGGGGCCCCUCCAGAGGGGCCCCCCGCAGCAGCAGUACCCUCUCGUGAGUCUUCCGGAGAGCCAGGGGGCCCCCAGGGGGCCCCUGCAGCAGCUUCUGACGCGGAUGGCCCCCAGGGGGGCCCCCCUGAGGGCUCUAUUGGGGGCCCCGAGGGGGGCCCCGAGGGGGGCCCCGAGGGGGGCCCCCCUGGGGGCCCCCUUAGGGGCCCCCAAAGGGCCUCAGGCACAUUUGAUAAUACAAUUCGGCAUUCCCCAGGAGGGUCUGGGAGUUGGGGGCCCCCGGGGGGCCCCCAGGGGGCCCCCGGGGGCCCCCAAAGAAGCACUUCUGGGGGCCUCGAGGGGCCCCGAAGGAGUACCUCUGGGGGCCCCCAGGGGCCCCUCCUAAGGAGUACCUCUGGGGGCCCCCAGGGGCCCCCAAGGGGUACCUCGGGGGGCCCCGAGGGGCCCCUCGACCUCGAGGGGGGCCCCCCGGAAAUUGAAAAAGAAACAAUUCGGAGAAAGAGCAGCAAGGGGGCCCACUUUGCGGACUACCCUGUGGAGGAGCCCCCAGCAGCAGCAGCAGCAGCAGCAGCAGCAGCAGCAGCAGCAGCAGCAGAACAUGAAGCAGCAGCACCAAAGACUGUCAAGGUUUUAAUUGAUGAGGGUUUUUAUGCCGACAAAAAUGAAGAGCAGCAAAACAGAAGGAGUCUUCGCAUUCCCAACUUUCUCGCCGAACAAGCUUUAACAACUGGCACGCAGGAGGACGAGGGUUUUCGGAAGGAGAAGAUGGAAGUGGUUUCCUUUUCCGCAGGAAGAGUUCUUGAUGCUGCAACAAUUAAAAAAGAAAAUUUAAAAAUAAAAAAAGAAAUUAAAUUCAUUCCCGAAGAAACCGCCAAGGCCUACAUCACUCGCCUCGUUUCCGAGAUGGACAAACUCAAAAAACAGGCCCGCAAACCCUAA